GUGUGUGGCUGGUCUCCCGAGACUUCCCCAAGCGCGCCGGCUCUGACAGCGACCAGGAGUGUAGGGCUUUCCACUUGCUUCCCUCCCGCUCCCCAUAUCUACCUCAGAGAGAGCCGCGCAUCCCACACCCUCGGGGCUCAAGCUAAAGAAAGGGAAUUGGCACCUGCUGCUGCUGCUGCUGUGAGCGCUCCCUGAAACAGAGAGGACCGGGGGCAAAAUGCACACCACCCAGAAGGACACUACCUACACCAAGAUCUUCGUCGGGGGGCUGCCCUAUCACACCACGGACUCCAGCCUCAGGAAGUACUUUGAGGUGUUUGGCGACAUAGAGGAGGCGGUGGUGAUCACGGACAGACAGACCGGCAAGUCUCGGGGCUAUGGCUUUGUCACGAUGGCAGACAGAGCUGCAGCUGAAAGAGCUUGCAAAGACCCCAAUCCAAUUAUAGAUGGCAGGAAAGCAAAUGUGAAUCUUGCAUACCUGGGAGCAAAACCACGGAUAAUGCAGCCAGGUUUUGCAUUUGGUGUUCAGCAGAUUCACCCAGCACUUAUACAAAGACCUUUUGGGAUCCCUGCACAUUAUGUUUACCCACAUGCUUUCGUGCAGCCAGGAGUUGUAAUUCCACAUGUCCAGCAAGCAGCUGCUGCAUCCACAAGCCCCUACAUUGACUACACCAGUGCUGCCUAUGCACAGUACUCUGCUGCUGCCGCCGCCGCUGCUGCGUAUGAUCAGUACCCGUAUGCUGCCUCUCCAGCUACAACGGGAUAUGUCACCACUGCCGGUUAUGGCUAUGCAGUCCCACAACCACUUACAGCUGCAGCACCAGGAACUGCUGCUGCAGCGGCUGCUGCCUUUGGUCAAUACCAACCACAACAACUGCAAGCUGACCGCAUGCAGUAGCACUUUGACUUUUGAGCAGAUCACUCACUCUCUUGUUUUCAGCCAUCAGUAGAUGAUACUGUGUACAUAUAGGCAAAUGGCUUUAACUAAAGUAGGGGGAAAAGAAACACCUUAACCAAGUUUUUUUGGAGAGCAAAGUAUUCCAGCUUCUCUAUGCAGUAAAUAUUCAAGAACAGUGUACAUGUUUGUUAUCAAGGACAACCGAAUAAACAACUUGAAAAGAUUUUCAAUUUGGCACACAGAGACUUUUUUUAUAUCAGGGAAAGGAACUGCCUUUAACUAAUCUGGGAAGAUCUUUUCUGUAAAUAGUAACAUUUUUUUUUUUCUAUUUCCACAAAGCCUCUAAACCAGGGAAAUAUCAGCAAUAUGUAGCCUGUACAGAGUAAAACAUGGGCAGCAGAAACGUUCACAUCUUCUCCAUGCAUUUUUUUUUUUUUUUCUCUUCUAAAGUGUUCAUGGUCUCAAAAUGGGCAUGGAAGCACAUGGCCUGCUGGUCACAGGAUGGACAGGCACCAAAGCAAUCUUCUCGUCUAUCCUCUACAUGAGUGGAACUAUAUGGAGCAAGUGAUGUGGAAUUAACAUGUGCAACAGCUGUACAGACAAUCAAUAAUGCAGACCGUUCUGGAGAGAACACAUCACUUGUGCUUAUUUGAUGAGCUUGUCACAUUCUAAUCCCUCUCCCCAUCCUGUUUCGCUUUUGGGAAACUUUAAACUGCUGGUGUCAGCUUUUCUGAUUCUGAAACGGGAUCAGUCCUUUACUAAAACAGCCUUCUAUUUUAUUACUCCUAUUCAUAGUUUGUAGACUACAAAAAAGGAACUUGAUAAGUUUAACCCUUUAAAGAACUGGGGGGGUUUUUUUGUUGUUUUUUUUGCCCCUUCCCUUUUGGUUAAAAAAAGUACAACUUUGCAUUGCAGUUUUAAAGGGUUAAUUCAGAUGGUUUGUACUGUGCCUUAACUGUAAUGUUAUUGAAAGAAACAUAUAUUUAUUUUGAAAGUUUUACUACAGUGUGCUCUGAAGAAGGGACCUUUAGAUGCAACACUAAAAUGAUGUAUUCAUCUCAUGGUAUAAGUUAUUUAAGUAAGUUUAGAUGUAGUAAAUUAAAAUAUUAAUCUAUUCAACUGAAAUGUUGACCUGGAUUUAUUUAAAUUCUGUAUGUGCACUGUAUAAUGAUAACCCUAAUUUAACAUUUAGAAUUUUACCUUAAUUUAGUCAAUUCCUGCUUUAUUUUUUCUUUCUUUCUCCCUCCUUUCUGGCGACCUCUCUUGCGCAGUAACACUAAACAUUUCAUUUGUACUUAGGGGUAACUUCUGAUUUUUCCUUAUUAGUAAAGUGCUGCUUUACACAAUGAACUUGUAAAAACUGCAAUACUUGCAAUUUUUAUUCUUGAACUUAGGUUUAAAUAUUUUACACUGUAAUGGGUUUUUAUACUUGAAAAAAAGAAUCAUACAAGGGAAGAAAACAGACAGCAUUUUUAUGGACAUUGUCUAAAUGUCACUGGAUUUAUUUUUAAGUAUUCCAAAAACUAGCCAGUGUUAUGUAACUUGUAGACAAGGAAUCCAUGCUUAUUUAUUCAUUACAUAUUGCUUUAUAACAUUAAAUCUAUUCACUUGUAUUAAAUAUAAUAAAACAUU